UCUUCUGGGAGGGGAACCACGCCGCUGCCCCGCCUGGGUGCUCGGAGAGAGGCGCGGAGCUUUCAACCGGAGCUUGGUUCGGUCUCCCGCUAGUCGGACCCCGGCACGCCAUGGAAGUGGCCGCUAAUUGCUCCCUGCGCGUGAAGAGGCCGCUGCUGGAUCCUCGCUUCGAGGGUUACAAGCUUUCCCUCGAGCCGCUGCCCUGCUACCAGCUGGAGCUUGACGCAGCUGUGGCCGAGGUAAAACUGCGUGAUGAUCAGUAUACACUGGAGCACAUGCAUGCUUUUGGAAUGUACAAUUACCUGCACUGUGAUUCCUGGUAUCAAGAUAGUGUCUACUACAUUGAUAACCUUGGAAGAAUUAUGAAUUUAACUGUGAUGCUGGACACCGCCUUGGGAAAGCCGCGAGAGGUGUUUCGACUUCCCACGGAUCUCACGGCCUACGACAAUCGCCUGAGUGCCUCUGUCCAUUUCACGUCCCCGACCUGGGUCACCUUGUCCGACGGCACUGGGCGACUCUACCUCAUCGGGACUGGUGAACGUGGAAACAGCGCUUCCGAGAAAUGGGAGAUUAUGUUUAAUGAAGAGCUUGGGGAACCUUUUAUCAUAAUUCACAGUAUCUCAUUGCUGAAAGCUGGAGAGCAUUCAAUAGCCACCCUUCUUCUUCGCAUCGAGAGGGAGGAACUGGAUAUGAAAGGAAGUGGUUUCUACGUUUCCUUGGAGUGGGUCACUAUCAGUCAGAAAAAUAAAGAUAGUAACAAAUAUGACAUUGUGAGGCGCGACCUUCUCCGUGGCAAGUCAGUUCCUCAUUAUGCCGCCAUCGAGACUGACGGGAAUGGCCUCAUGAUUGUCUCCUAUAAGGCCUUCACGUUUGUUGGCAAAGAUCUUGAAGAAAAUAAGGAUGAAAUCAUGUCAGAGAAAAUCAAAGAACCUUUGUAUUACUGGCAACAGACCGAAGAUGAUCUGACAGUAACAAUGCCACUUCCGGGAGACAGUACUAAGGAGGAUAUUCAUGUACAAUUUCUGCCUGAUCACAUUGACAUUGUAGUGAAAGGUCAGGGGAUUUUGGAUGGAAACCUCUAUUCAUCUGUUGAUCAUGAAAGCAGUACAUGGAUACUUAAAGAGAAUAAUAGCUUAGAGAUUUCUUUGAUUAAGAAGAACGAAGGACUGACGUGGCCGGAGCUCAUCAUUGGUGAUAAACAGGGGCAGAUGCUAAGAGACUCAGCCCAGUGCGCCGCCAUAGCUGAACGCUUGAUGCAUUUGACCUCUGACGAGCUGAAUCCAAAUCCAGAUAAAGAAAAACCUCCUUGUAAUGCUCAAGAGUUAGAAGAAUGUGAUAUUUUCUUUGAAGAGAGCUCCAGUUUAUGCAGAUUUGAUGGUCAGACAUUAAAAACUACGCAUGUGGUGAGUCUCGGAAGCAACCAGUACCUUUUCUCUGUUGUUGUGGACCCUAAAGAAAUGCCAUGUUUCUGUCUGCGCCACGAUGUGGACGGCCUCCUCUGGCAGCCGCACUCCAGCCAGCAAGAGGACAUGUGGGAGCACAUCGCGACUUUCAACGCUUUAGGCUAUGUCCAAGCAUCAAAGAGAGACAAAAAAUUUUUUGCCUGUGCCCCAAAUUAUUCUUACGCAGCCCUUUGCGAGUGCCUACGCCGCGUGUUCAUCUACCGCCAGCCCACACCCAUGUCCACAGUACUUUACAACAGAAAGGAAGGCAGACAAGUGGGGCAGGUUGCUAAGCAACAGGUAGCAAGCCUGGAAACCAACGAUCCUAUUUUAGGCUUUCAAGCAACAAAUGAGAGAUUAUUUGUUCUCACCACAAAAAACAUCUUUUUAAUAAAGAUAAAUACAGAGAAUUAAUUACUUAAACAUGUUGGCUUUUCUAGACUGGAAAAGUAUUCAGUGGUAACUGAAAAGCGGGACAGUUCAUACUGUAACUGAUGAAGUUUCAUGCGUUUAAAAAAAUCUUACAUGAAUUUUAUUUUUUAAAGGAAAUUUAGAAAUAUAUGCAAGGAUUAUGAGUAUAAAAACUAUAGAAGGAACCUACAAAUUUAGAAAAAAAAUGGCUCCUGUAAAAAUAGUAUUAGCAAGUAUGUUUUUAAA